CUGUCGACAGGUAUUUUUUGGCCAGUUCGCUUCGCUCUGGAAUAUAUGCAGUGGAAUCCUUGUUGAUAUUAAACCCGAGCCAGGCUGCAGACUUGGAAGUUGAAUCCUCGUCUCCGAUAAAUACAGACUUUUCUCUUCAGCAAGCUCCGACGUGCUCGUGGAUAAACAAAAAUGCCAACGGCACGCCGCCCCUUGAACCUGACGCCCGCCGGACCGGCCAUCAACGUCACGCUCAUGGAGCAAUUUCUGCAGGCUCCUCCCACCUGCUUCCGUGUGGUGGAGCGGCCGACUCGGAAGAGGCAGCGUUUCCUCUCUCAUGAUCCCACCAAGAUUACGUCGUGUGCUCGUUCGAUGUCCAAAAUCUUUCCGGACACCAAAGGAGGGUGUCUGUGGGUUCACAACGAGGCGGAGCUCGAGAGUUUGACUAAGACCCUUCUCUCGUUGCCCAUCUUCUUGACGGCCACCGCAGUUCGAACCCACAGAAAAUCAGGCGUUAGGAAGGUGACAGUCGUGACCAAAGCGAAAGUAGCGGUCAUAGUGAACACCCAACAUGUACAGAUCCAGCAUCAUUUCAAAACAAUGCUAGCAGAAGCUGUAGACCUCAUGCGCAAAGGGAAGAAGUUUGCAGUCGAGUUUGACUUUAAUCCGGUGCUAGCAGAAUGGCUGGAAUCCGCCUUUGUCAGCAUGGGGAAGGAUGGGGCAUCCUACAACACUUGGUACAGCAGCAGGCAUGCCAAAAUCACGAUCACCAACUGUGGAGAGAGGAUAAGUACGUUCGUCUGCUCGGAAGGCGGGCUCUCGUCAUGUUGUCUUCUCAGUUGGGUCGCCUUCUUUCCCUGCUGUUUGAUGGUCUGUCCGAUCUACAGGCUUCAGCGAGCCUUGCGGGUGACGGACUUCGGCGGUAGGGUUCCAGAGGAACUGUACGCUACCACAUUCUGCCCGACCAUGGAAAUCUCCGAUGCUGACAUCGCUCGCCUGGACUACAUGCGCCGUACACUUCAACAGCUCAGCCAACAGGCCCAUCAGGGGCCUGCUUUGAGCGUUGACUCCCUGGGGAGGGUCCGUUAAAAACUGCAGAGUGAUCAUUCCCCUAUUAGCAGCAUGUAUGGAUCAACCCUAUAUAUAGGAUUGCGCCAUUUGGUUCGGAUAUAAAUUUUUUUGCGGUCGCUCAAAUACCCACAUCAAAUUGCACCCCCUUACUGUGUCCGCUACGCUUCAACUGGGGGUAGAUCUAAUACAUGUAAUGUUGGCCUGUUUUUGUCCAACCAAACAUGUAAUGCACUUGUUGGCGUUUUGUCAUUUUUUAGCCACCUUUCAUUCAAUUUCUAUGAUACCUUCUCGGAUUUCAUUAAUCUUAAGAGAUUUAACAUUCGUGGUCUGAUCAGAUCAACAUCAAAUUAUCGAUUGAUUGUAAACGAUGCCUGAUUGAAUACCGGUAACAUAAUGGAAGGGACCGGCUUAAGCAAAAUCCGGGUUUUGUCGAUUGACAAGCUAGCUAGACACGAAAUGAUUGAAUCAGCCAUUGUAAUUUUAAGUAUGUAUCAUUCAUGACCGACGCGGUGUGAAUCUGUGUCGGCGAGUUGGGGUGGGAUAGAGGAUGACCAUUGAGAAUGGGAGUGGAAACCACGUAACACUGUGGCGCAGGGCACGGUGGGGGGCACGGACCUAAUCCGGGGGGGGGGUACUCCACUGGACCGAAUAGACCCCGUAUACUAGAUAGAUGUGUUUCGAAAUGAGGUUUUAUCCAUAAACACGAUCACCCAAUUUUUUCAUCUGUGACAAAAUUUUAUAAAACCCUUUCUAUCGACAGGUAGUAAAGAACCGUUUCUAGUAUUUUGACAUUUUCAAAGCUCUAUAAACGGGCAACAACAUGGAGGGGGGGGGGCUUGUCCUCUUCAUUAUAUUUGACAGUAUAACUGUGUGAACAACAUCGCAUUACAUUCUUGUGAUCAGUUCUUUGUAAUUUUGCGAGGCCUCUUUUAACGAGUUUACAAGUCGGCUCUUGUUUGAUUUGCGUGAUUCAUUUCUGCGUGUUUUUCAACGCAUGGGCAAUAUUCAAGCUAUUUAAAAUAUUGAUAAAUUAAAGUAUACGAAACUGGCAUAUAUUCUGUUCCAUGUAAAUCCCAAUAAUUUGAGUUUAGGGUUUCCAGGUAAAUGUUCAAUAACGUUUCAGUUUGUAUAUGAGGAGCACAUUCCAUUGUACUUUUUUUAUUAGCAUCAUAAGAAAAAGUGUGCAAGUUUUAAUAAUAAAACAAAAGA